UAUUAUCCCUUUCUGUGAUAAAACGGAAAAGGCAAGAGAGAGACAGACAGACAGAGAUCUAUUAUCGUUGUUCGGCUCACUAAUUUGGGCCAUAAACGGUCUUUCAAAGAAUCAAGGAUAAUCUGGGUGGUUGAUGACUGGAGCUUGUAAAGUUAUUGCAUUUUUUUAUAAGUAUGGAAACGGAGGAUAUGCUUAAAGUUUCUGGAGACGAGAAUAAUGAAAUUUGUGAUUUAGAUGAUAAUGUUGUUGAAGCUGAUUCUCAACCUAAUAAUUCAGAUGAUAUAGAAGAUGAACCAAGGAUUGAGAGCAUGGAGCUAAAUGAAAGCAAUGCUGGAACUGAAGAGGGUCAGUUUAUAGAGGACAGAAAACAAGACAACGAUUUCAUUGAUGAUUCAUCUAUUGUGCAAGUAAAUGUUGAGUUGACUGAAGCUGUCAAAUUGGCUGAAAAAGUUGUAGAAUCAGGCUCUACAGUGCAUGUUCAGAAUGGCUGCCUUAUUUCUUCAAAUGAAAGUCCCAUCCGCAACUAUGUGAUGGAUGUUAGUUCUAUGUCCGGUGUUAAGAGAUCCCGGAUGACAUUUGAAGAUGAUCAACCUUCAGUGCAUGUAUCUUAUAAUUCCUUGACAAGAGCUAGUAAGCUGAAACUUGAGGUAUUAUUACAGCAGUGGUCAGAAUGGCAAGGCCAGCAGGGUUCGUCAGUAAAUGAUUCAAGUGGAACUUUAGAAUCUGGUGAUGCAACGUAUUUUCCUGCUAUUCAUGUUGGCACUAAGAAGGGUUCUGCAGUGUCUUUUUGGAUAGACAACGAAACAAGGAAUCAGCAGAAUGAGGGAUUCAUUCCUUUGGAUAGCAAUAAUACGCCUCUUUAUGAUCGUGGAUAUGCAUUGGGUUUGACUUUAGGGGAUGAUUCAAGUAAUUUGGAGGGAGGCUUGAAGAUAAUAGAUGAUCCUAGCCGUUGUUUCAAUUGUGGUUCUUAUAGUCAUUCGUUAAAGGAAUGCCCAAAACCUCGUGACAAUGCUGCUGUCAAUAAUGCUCGACAGCAACAGAAGUCUAGACGUAAUCAGAACUCUGCUUCUCGCAAUCCAACUCGAUAUUAUCAGAAUUCUUCUGGUGGAAAAUAUGAUGGCUUGAGGCCCGGUGCCCUUGAUGCUGAAACACGGCAACUUUUAGGUCUUGGGGAGCUUGAUCCACCCCCUUGGCUUAAUAGAAUGAGAGAACUGGGGUACCCACCAGGAUAUUUAGACCCAGAUGCUGAGGAUCAGCCAUCGGGAAUUACUAUUUUUGCUGAUGAGGAAAUAAAGGAAGAGCAAGAAGAUGGUGAAAUUCUCGAAACAGACACUCCUGAACCACAAAAGAAAAUGACUGUCAAAUUUCCUGGAAUAAAUGCUCCACUCCCAGAAAAUGCAGAUGAAAGACUCUGGGCAGCUGGAUCUUUAAAUCCUGAUCCACCUAGGGACCGAUCUCACCACAGAAUGAGCCAUCGUACGGAAUCAAUGACCAGAGGACAUCAUUAUGAUCAAAGGUGGUCUAGGGAUUCCAGAGAUGAUGGUCCUCCUGGCUGUGACCCAGUGUCUAGUUAUCCUCCACGUUAUGGUGGUCAUGAUUUUGGGCAUAGCUCUCACAGUAGAAGCCCCAGCUUGGGGAGGUCCCAUUCUGAGAGAGGUUGGAGGAGUCCAUUGGUAUAUGACGAUUACAUGAGUGACAGUCCAUACAGACGAAUGUCGCCACCAGAUUAUGGUUUAGGCAGAUAUGAAAAUGACGGUGAUAGAUACCGGGAUGACUACGACCUGGGUCAUUCAUAUCGUGGCGUUGAUGAGUACGACAGGUAUCACCAUCGAAGUAGACGGUAGAGUAGACAAUUGUUGAACAUUGUUGUAUCAGUAGCUUGUAAAAAAGAUGCUUUUCUUGAUAGACUAAUACAUGAGAUUUUUGUGUAACCCCCAUCUAGGAAGGGGACUCUUAUACAGAGAAUUAGACUUUAUAACUUA